AACAUACAGUCAGAGCUGUGUCUUCGGCCUUUGAGAUUUGAGCUCCAGAAGUCGGCCAUGGCUCCGUAUCACAUCCGCAAAUACCAGGACAGCGACCACAGGAGUGUGGUGGAUUUGUUCAUCAAGGGCUUAGAGGAGCACAUCCCCACCACCUUCCGCCACAUGCUGAGGCUGCCCCGAACCCACUUGCUCUUAUUUGGGAUCCCUCUUAUUCUAUUCUUGGCCUCGGGCUCCUGGCUUCUGGCUCUUGUCUCCAACCUAAGCCUCUUUGCUUCCCUGUGGGUCCUUGCAAAAUAUACAUGGAAAAAGUAUAUAGUCAUGUGUUUGCGCACAGACAUGGCUGACAUCACCACAACCUACCUGAGCUCUCGUGACUCCUGCUUCUGGGUAGCUGAGUCUGGAGGCCAGAUCGUGGGCUUGGUGGCUGCUGUACCCAUAAUGGAUCCACUCCUGCAGAAGAAACAACUGAAGCUAUGUCAUCUCUCUGUGUCCUUGAAGCACCGAAGGCAUGGGAUAGGGAAAGCUCUGGUCAGGACUGUCCAGCGGUUUGCACAGGCGCAGGGCUUCAGUGAGGUGCUGGUCAUCACCAGUGUAUUCCAGCAUGCGGCCCUGGCUCUCUACCAGAGCAUGGCCUUUCAGAAGACUGGUGAGUCCUUCUUCACUGUCAUCUCCAAACUAAGGAAAUCUCCAAUGAUACAUUUAAAGUAUUGCAUCACUUCUGCUCUGGAAGGGGACCCAUGAUCCGUCUCCUGUGUGCAUCGGUCAGCAUCCAAUUGCUUCUGUAGCAGUGACAAGUAAGCCCGGCUAGUUCCGGUGCAAAGUACUAACUCUCUCAAGCACAUCCGAGUGCUUGGGGGUGGGGG